AUGCUGAAAGAGAUGAAAGUCUUCUUUGCAGCUGACAUCGCAUUGGUAAAAGAAGACUUUGAAGUUAUGACGGCCCGGGUGCGAGCACUGGAGGACGAUGGUGAUAUCACCAGAGGCAAACAGGACGACUUGAAAACCAAAGUGAACAGACUACAACAAAUUAAUCUCUCUAUGGAGGGUAGGCUGGCCGUCCUGCAAGACUCCAAGCAGCAACGAAACCUGCGGAUCAGCGGGGUCCCUGAGGAUAUCACUAAUAAUGAGGUACCCCACUACCUACAUAGAAUGUUGAGCUCCAUGCCCAGCCAAGGCCAAAGCUAUGAUACUGGACUACCACAACUGGGUCCCUAUAUCAUCUAA